UGACCUAUCUCUCUUCACAACUUUACUUAUCAACCAAACACAUCUUUAAUCUUGAAACCCCGAAUAGGUUACACAAAAUCUCUCUCUUCACAACUUCACUUCCCAACUACACACUUCCGUAGUCUCCAAAAAAUAAAAAUCGAAUAACUUACAUAUCGCUGACGAGUAGCAGUGUGAGUAAAAAAAUGGCGUACUCCAAUGCCAGGCGCACGUUAGCUUCCACCCUCUCACGAGCUCUUUCUUCAUCAUCAACAUCAUCUGGAAUCGCUUCUCGCAAUCGCACGCGUUUCGCUUAUGCGUUAUCAUCUCCCAAACAAACCCUACCCGUCCCUCACUCGUUCCCGGUUCGUACGAAAUCAUCGGGUUCGGGUUAUUCUCCGUUGAACGACCCGUCCCCAAACUGGAGCAACCGUCCUCCAAAGGAAACGAUUCUUCUCGAUGGCUGUGACUACGAGCACUGGCUUAUUGUUAUGGAGUUUCCCGAUAAUCCUAAACCCUCUGAAGAUGAAAUGGUUAAUAGCUAUGUUAAAACCCUAGCUCAAAUUCUCGGAAGUGAGGAAGAGGCUAAGAAGAAGAUAUACUCUGUUUCUACUACUACUUAUACUGGUUUUGGUGCUCUUGUUUCAGAAGAGCUUUCUUAUAAGCUAAAAGAGUUGCCGGGAGUUCUUUGGGUGCUCCCAGAUUCUUAUCUUGAUGUUCCUAACAAGGACUAUGGAGGUGAUUUGUUUAUUGAUGGCAAAGUAAUUCCUAGGCCACAGUAUAGGUAUGCUGAAAGGCAACCAAGUAGAAGUAGACCUCGUCCACGGCAUGAUAGGAGGCGGGAAACUAUGCAAGUUGAAAGGAGAGAUCCUACUCAAAGACAGAACUGGAACCAAGGUCAGGGAGGACAUAUGCAGCCAUCAAAUUCUAAUGAAUAGACAAAACUCGCUUUCAGGCGGUGGAGAAAGCCAUGAAAUGUAUAUUAGGAACUCUGCUUGAGCAGUAGUCUCGUAUUGAUUAUAGAACCAAGUUUUUCAAUUAGAUGAUUUUGGUUUAAGGUUCUAAGGUGAUAUUUUACUCUCAUUUUCCUUUGUUUAGAAAAUGGAUUUGUACCUGAGUGACAUUUGAUCUGAGUAGUUUUCACCAUUCUGAAUUAUGAUGAAUUUGGGACUUGGAUAUGCUUUGGGCUC